GGUGGGCCUAGGCGCAGCGAGCCGUUUGGAGAUCCGCGUGGAACCUGCGCAGAGGUUUUCUGCCUCGGUAGCUCACCUGUUCAUCGGACGCCCGGGGAGUCUCCCUGUGCUUUUUGGUGUGCCGCGGCAGGAAGCGCGGGUAGGCAGUUUGCUUCCAGUGGCAUUAGAUGGUGUGCCAUGGGGCUCACCAAACAGUACCUGCGUUAUGCUGCCAGUGCUGUCUUUGGCUUGAUUGGUAGCCAGAAGGGCAACAUUGUCUUUGUAACUCUGCGUGGCGAGAAGGGACGCUAUGUGGCAGUACCAGCCUGUGAGCAUGUCUUCAUCUGGGAUAUACGGAAAGGAGAGAAGAUUCUUAUUCUUCAGGGGUUUAAACACGAAGUUACCUGUUUAUGUCCGUCACCAGAUGGAUUGCACUUAUCUGUGGGCUAUGAGGAUGGGUCUAUCCGCAUCUUCAGUCUUCUGAGUGGUGAAGGGAAUGUGACCUUCAGUGGACACAAGGCAGCUGUCACUGCCCUGAAUUAUGAUCAGCUGGGGGGCAGACUAGUGUCUGGGUCCAAGGACACUGAUGUUAUUGUGUGGGAUGUGAUCAAUGAGAGUGGCCUCUACCGUCUGAAGGGACAUAAGGAUGCCAUCACACAAACACUGUUCCUACGAGAAAAAAACCUGCUAAUUACCAGUGGCAAAGACACUGUAGUGAAAUGGUGGGACCUUGAUACACAGCACUGCUUCAAAACAAUGGUUGGCCACCGAACUGAGGUUUGGGGACUGGCUCUGGUAUCUGAAGAAAAACGCCUCAUCACCGGAGCUGCAGACAGUGAGCUGAGGGCGUGGGACAUCACCUAUAUAGAGGAGAUGAAAGACCUUGAUGAACCCAACUCAAAGAAGAGCCGAGGAUCUUGUCUUGGGAUGCAGGGGACUCAUGGAACGGUGAUUGGGGACCCUGAAGCGGAUGAAGACCCUGAGGAUCGUAUUCUUUCAUGUAGCAAAGCUGGUUCCAUAAUGCGGGAAGGAAGAGACCGUGUUGUAAAUCUUGCUGUUGACCGGACAGGCAGGAUUCUUGCUUGUCACGGAACUGAUUCUAUUUUAGAAGUGUUUUGUAUUCUUUCCAAAGAGGAAAUUCGGAAGAAAAUGGAUAAGAAAAUUAAGAAAGCCAGGAAAAAAGCUAAAUUAAGUUCUGGGGAAGGGGAGCAAGAGGACCUUGAAGUUAGUGUGUCUCUGCAAGACGAGAUCCAGCGGGUAGCUCACAUCAAAGCUUCGGCCAAGAUCAAGUCCUUUGACUUGAUUCAUUCUCCCCAUGGAGGGUUGAAAGCUGUCUUCCUGCUGCAAAACAACCUAGUGGAAGUGUAUACCCUGAACCCAUCCACUCCUGCUCCACAGCCCAUCAGGACAGCCAGGAUCACCAUCGGGGGUCAUCGCAGUGAUGUCCGCACCUUGUCAUUUAGUUCUGACAAUAUUGCUGUCCUUUCAGCGGCUGCUGACUCUGUCAAGAUAUGGAACAGGUCUACACUGCAGUGUAUUCGGACAAUGACUUGUGAAUAUGCUCUCUCUUCAUUAUUUGUUCCUGGAGAUCGGCAGGUGAUCAUAGGAACAAAGACAGGGAAGCUGCAGCUUUAUGACUUGGCUUCAGGAAAUUUGCUGGAGACAGUUGAGGCACAUGAUGGAGCUUUAUGGUCAAUUUCACUCUCUCCAGAUCAGCAUGGCUUUGUAACUGGUGGUGCUGACAAAUCUGUCAAGUUCUGGGAUUUUGAGUUGGUGAAAGAUGAAAACUGUGCCCAAAAAAGGCUUUCUGUGAAGCAGGCCCGGAUCUUGCAGCUUGAUGAGGAAGUUCUCUGUGUGCGCUAUUCCCCCAAUCAGAAGCUGCUGGCUGUGUCUUUACUGGACUGUACAGUGAAAAUCUUCUAUGUUGACACUUUGAAGUUUUUCCUGUCUUUAUAUGGACACAAACUACCUGUUCUGUGCAUGGACAUCUCUUAUGAUGGAGCACUGAUAGCAACUGGUUCUGCAGACAGGAAUGUGAAAAUCUGGGGCUUAGACUUUGGGGACUGCCAUCGGUCCCUCUUUGCCCAUGAUGACAGUGUCAUGUAUCUGCAGUUUGUACCCAAGUCUCAUCUCUUCUUCACUGCUGGGAAGGACCACAAGAUUAAACAGUGGGAUGCAGAUAGGUUUGAACACAUCCAGACCUUGGAGGGCCACCACCAGGAGGUAUGGUGUUUGGCUGUUAGUCCUAAUGGGGAUUACGUUGUAUCUUCAUCCCAUGACAAAUCCCUAAGACUGUGGGAGAGAACAAAGGAACCGCUCAUCCUAGAGGAAGAGCAGGAGAUGCAAAGAGAAGCAGAGUAUGAGGAGAGUGUGGCCAAAGAAGACCAGCCAGUAGUUCCUGGAGAGGCUCAAGGCGACACUUAUUUUCCUGGAAAGAAAACUGUCGAAACUGUCAAAGCGGCUGAGAGAAUCAUGGAGGCUAUCGUGCUGUACCGAGAAGAGACCGCAAAGAUGAAAGAACAUGAAGCCAUUUGUAAAGCUGCAGGGAAAGAGGUUCCUCUUCCAGUUAACCCCAUCUUAUUGGCUUAUGGAAACAUCUCGCCUUCCGCAUAUGUACUGGAAGUGUUUAAAGGAGUCAAGUCGAGUGAGUUGGAGGAAGCCCUCCUGGUGCUGCCUUUCUCGUAUGUGCCAGACAUUCUGAAGCUUUUUGAUGAAUUUUUCCAGCUGGGCUCUGAUAUUGAACUCCUGUGCCGGUGCCUCUUCUUCCUCCUCAGGAUUCACUUUGGGCAAAUCAGUAGUAACCAAAUGCUUGUACCAGUGAUAGAGAAAUUGAAGAAAACAACCAUUUCAAAAGUCAGUGAAGUCCGGGAUGUGAUUGGAUUCAACAUGGCAGGCCUUGAGUUUUUAAGAAGGGAAUGUGAGGCAAAGAGUGAAGUUGAAUUUUUCUCUGAUGCCACAAGCACUUUGGAAGAGAAGAAACGGAAGAGGAAGAAAAGGGAGAAGCUGAUUAUGACAUUAACUUAGAGCUCAAACACCUGAGCUAUUUUCACAUUCCCGUUAAUCUGCCUCUCAGAAUAGAAGAAACAAUUUCCUGACCUGAAUGUUCAGAUACUGACAUCAUGGGAAAAAACACGGGGCUCUGGUCCACACUAUGCUACUGACUAGUUGUGGGACCUUGAGCCGCUCUGCUUCCAUUUUCUCAUCUGUAAAAGGAGGGGGGUUGGACUAGAUGGUCCCAUAUGGUGCCUUCCAGCUUUAAAACACUUGAGUCGUGAACUUUCAAGUACCAGAUGACAGAGGAAUCAUUGAACUGCUAAAGUACUUUGGAAGGAUCCAUGUCACAACAGGGAAAGUUAACUAAGGAACCUUGUGCAGGGCCUCAUACUUUCCUUGUUGGCCAAGGCUAGACACAUUCUUGAAUGAUUGACUUUCUUUUUCUCAUUGUUCUUAUUAAUUAGCAGAGGGGUUCUUGAACCCUUAAACUCAAGGGUUAAGGUUACCAAUUUAGGAAUUUUAUUUAUUUACUCUAUUACUGGACAUGUGUGAAUAUUCUGAGUUGCUUUUUUUUUGGUCUUUUCCCCACUAGGAAGCUUUCCUAAGGUGUAUAAUUAAGUAUCUGUUUUUCCUAAUGCAUUAUCAUUCUAAAAAGCUUAUGUAAAGCAGGAAUUCCUUGUACCUUUUACUCUAGACAUUUUUUUUGGUGUUUGUAUGUAAAAAGAUCUUUUUAUGUAAUUUGUAUUUCUUUCAAUUAAAUAAUUAUUUUUAAGUAAAAUAAGGUCAUGAUUA